AUGGGUCUCUCUGAUGGCUCUUCAAACCACUCCAUCCUACCUAUUGAAUAUCAAGCAAAUAUGGUUAAGAGAAACACCAUAACCUUGGUAAGCAACUCAAAGCCAAGGCAACAACAGACGGACGAUGGGGCAAUUCUGCUGCGCAAGGCACGGUUUGAACCACGAGUACUUAGUUCGGAGGCGUUGCCCGAUGACUUCUGCUGUGAGGAUCAGAAUUCUUUGAGGUAUUGA